UCUUUUAAUAAUAACCAUCAUCAGAGUAAUCAUAAUGAAAAUAAUAACAAUCUUCAUUGCUGUCAAGUUUAUCUUUCAUGUAAUAAUAUUAUUUCAUUUUCAAUUCUCAACCGUAAAUAUCCAAGUCAUUUACAUGUUUUGUCAUUUAUUAUCAUUAUUAUUUUCAAUAUUAACGCUUUGUUUACAAUCAUUUGCAUUUGCCAUUUUCCUUUGGCUUUCCUUUCGUCUCUCAUUCAGAUAAACAGAUUAAUCAGUUAAUGAAUUUUUGUUCUUCCACUGAAAAAGGGAAAGGGCAAAAUUUGAUUUCUCAUUGAUAUCAAACAAAUGUUUCCUUCUUUACACGGUUCCUUAGCAAUUAAAUGAUUUGCACACCAUAUUUUUCAAUGGAUUGUUGUGUUUGCAAAGGGAAAACUUGCAAACAAACAGAAAAUGAAAAAGAAGGAUAAACAAGAGGAAGAUGAUGUUGUUGAUGAUGAUGAUGAUGAGAAGGAGGAUACAAAAUGUGAUGAAAAGAAGUUGGGAGAAAGUUUGUUUAGCUUUCUGGUGUUGUCAGGAUAAAAGUUGUUUACCUUUUUUUUCAUCUUCUUCUCCUUUUCUUGCUUAGUGUUUACUGGUAACGUUGGUUGUUUACUUCGCCUGGGCGAGGUUAAGAUAAACAAACAUAAACUAGAAAAUAGAAAACCCAAAGAAUAAACGAAAAAUUUGGGUAAAAAAAGGGAGGCAAGAAGAUGAAGUUGGGUCAAGUUGAGAAAACAAAACUGUGAAAAUUCAAUUUAAGCUUUUCUCUUUCACUUUUUGCUCUUUUUCAAAUGGUAAUCACGAUUUGUCGAAAAAAACACGCCAUUUGAGCAUAAGAUCUUUUACCAACAUGUCUGGCUAGUCAUAUUUUGAUUUGAUCAUUUGAGCAAUAAAUAGCACUAAACAAAUAGAUUUGUUGGCUUCAGAAUGCUGUGCCAAUCCACUUUAACCCAAAUGCGAUCCAAGCUCGAAAAAAAUGUCUCAUGCUAAUAGAUUAUCACUUUCUUUCUUUCAAUCUUUUGGUAUCUUCUGAACCUCUUGACUUUCCUUCUUUGGCUUCUUAAAUCUGUUGGCCUCUUUCUGGGUAUCUUUUGGUAUCUCUUUUGGUCUCCUUUGGUCUCCUUUGCCACUAUUUCGAUCUCGAUCUCCUCUUUGGCCUUGUUUAACCACAAUUUUAAACUUACUGGUAACCAGAAGAAUGAACUAACUUCAAUGGACGUCAUGAUGAGUGAACCAGCGACUCCAUUAAAAUCAACAUCUUCAUCACCAACCACUCCAUCUUGUUUGUCUUCUUCCUCUUCGGUGUCAUCCUUAACCACCACAACUUCAGCUGCAGCGGCUGCCGCAGCGGCUGCAGUAGCAGCGGCAGCAGAUCAUUCAUCGAUAAUUCCUCACCUCCAGGAAACGUUACAAAUGAACUUGGUUCAGCAAAGUUCAAUUUACCAGCAAAUGUCUUGUCUGGCCAAUGGUUACAAUAAUUCAGGUUCACUGUUAUCUUCGUCUUCUUCGUCUUCUUCCUCUUCAUCUCCUUCAUCAUCUUUAUCAACUUCAUCUUCACAUUGUAACAAAUCAUCUUCUGCUUCUUCUCAUCACAUUGGUAACAAAGUCAACGGAAACCAUAACAACAGUAACAACAAUAACAACAACAACAACAGUAAUAGUAAUAACAGUAAUGGAGGAUCUUUUUCAAAUAACAAAACUCGCGUUCAGUUGGAACUACAGUUACAACAAUUACAGUUACAGCAACAACAAAUCAUGCACCAGUUACAUGUUUCAUCUCAGCGACAAUAUCUUCUUGGAUCUUUAGGACCUUAUUUAAAUGAAAUGUGGAAAUCGUCUGUAGCCCAGCAACAGCAACAAUCCACCAAUCAACAUCAACUUUCACCGCAACCAACAAAUGGUGAACGUUCCCACCAAUCAUCUCUCCAUUCCAGCUUAAAUAUUCCUCACCUUAACAAUCAUCAACAAAAUGUACAUCGUAGCUCAUCGCCCUCACUGUCAUCACCUUCGCCAUUAUUUCUUUCAAAUUCAGCAACUAAUAACAAGUCAACUUCUUUGUCAUCAACAGCAACUUCAUCACCAUUACCCGGUGAAUUCAAUCCAUUAACGUUUGAUUUUAUAAGAAAGAGAAAUGGUUUGAGUUCGUGUAAAUCAAGAUCCAAUGCAACGCCAACAAUAUCUUCAUCUUUAGCCAACUUGUCUUGUUUUACCGGAUCAUUCAAUGGUGGUGGAAGUGAUCAAGUGUUUAAUGGUUUCACCCCUGGACAUCCUCAUUUAAGUGGAUUAGCAGAUAAAAUUGAAGAAUCAGAUUCCCCGCCACCUCCAUUUUCAGCUCUGUCAACAGCUGCUGCCGCCGCUGCUGCCGCCGCUGGAGGAGGUAAUGAAGGAGUUAGUGGUUCAAUGCCGACAAUUGAGGAAUCAGAUUAUUUAAAAAUCUUAUUCGGCAAGGGAUUGUGUAAAUGGCCUGGAUGUGAAGCAGUUUGCAUUGAUUACAAUUCAUUCGUUAAACACCUCAGUCUAGAACAUGGUUUAGACGAUAGGUCAACAGCUCAAGCUCGAGUUCAAAUGCAAGUGGUACAACAAUUGGAGAUACAAUUAUUUAAGGAAAAAGAACGCUUAACUGCGAUGAUGCAUCAUCUUCAUCUCAAACAUCGAGCUCAGCUAAACACGUUAAAUCUAAGUGCUGCAGCAGCUGCUGCUGUUAGUGCAUCAACACCUAAAAUACCUUGUUCACCCUUUAUGAUGGAUAGUAAAUCAGAUUUAAAUAGAGACGAUCGUGAUCAGUCAACGGAUGACGGAGAUGAACCAAUGGAAGGAGAUAAAAUGUCUAGUGGAAAAAGGAGUUUAAUGGAAGUAAAUGGUGUACCUCAUCAUGGUCAUCAUUUGCCUAGUGUGUUAGGAGCACAUCAUUCACACCGUUUAUCUACAGCUUCGCCGUCUUCACCAUUACCAUCAUCAACUGUAGCUAGUAACGGUUUAACCAUCCAAGGAGCGCUCUCUCCCGUAACCACUGCUAAACCAUCCAUGUCAAGUCCUCCUAUAGCUACAACACUUCCCGCUAGUUCAAUGAGUAAUAUGAUAGCUGCUGCUGCUGCCGCUGCUGCCGCCGCCGCUGCCACAUCUAGUAGCCCGACAUCAUUUGUCACUAAAUCUCCACCGUCUCCUAAUAACGCAAAGUUAACAGGUUCGCCAUCCAUUCCAAAUAUUUUCAAUUCUACCUCUUCCUCGUCGACGACCACAACAGUUACAGCCAAUAGUAUCAAUAACUCUACAAAUAGUAACAAUAAUAUGACCAGUGGUUCACAUGGACCUGGUAGACGAAGGUUAAGUGAUAAAAGUGCACCUCGUGAUUUAUCCAUCACUGGCUUGGGUAGCUGUAAUGGAGAAUCAUUGUUAAAUAACAAUAGUAAUUCAUCGUCAUUACCUGAUUCACCAGCUCGUCGUCGUAUUGCUGAAAGAAACAAUUUAGAUAUAACUGAAGAAAUCAAUCGUAAUAGAGAAUUUUAUAAAAAUGCUGAUGUUCGACCUCCAUUUACAUAUGCAUCUCUUAUUAGACAGGCUAUCAUCGAGGCUCCUGAAAAACAACUUACACUCAAUGAGAUCUAUAAUUGGUUUCAGAAUACAUUUUGCUUCUUCCGGAGAAAUGCUGCUACUUGGAAAAAUGCUGUUCGGCACAAUUUAAGUCUUCACAAAUGUUUUAUGAGAGUGGAAAAUGUUAAAGGCGCUGUUUGGACUGUUGAUGAACUUGAAUUUUAUAAACGUAGACCUCAAAGAUUACAAGAAAGACUUUCAACAACAUCUUCUUCCUCGUCAUCUUCAGGUCAAAAUGGUAGUCAAUUAAGCCUGGAAAAUUUACGUCAAGUUGCUAAUAUCUCAUCGAAAGGAUCUAAUCUACUCGGUGAAAAUCAAUUCAGUUCAAAUUUCAAUGCAUCAUUAUCUGAGAAUAGUACGCUUCCAACCUUUUUACGCAACAUUGUUAACGGUCCUUUAUCAAGACCUACAUCCGUUAGUCCUCAAAGACCCGGAGAUUUUCAUAAUUUAUCCAAUGAAGAAAAUGAUUUCAUGGAUGGUGCUGAUUAUGAUGAUGAUGUGGAUACCGGAGACUAUGAUCAAGAAAUUGAUGAUUAUGAUGGAGACACUGGAGAAGUACAAGAUUUAAGAGUAACAAUUAACCGAAGCCCAAGUCCAAGCCCAAGUCCAAGUGAUUGUAAUGAUAUCACCGGUAAUGAGAUGGAUACAACAGGUGGCCGAUUUUCAGUAAUGGACAAAAAUGAUGAACAUAGAGAGUAUCGAGAAGAAGGCGAAGAUGAUGAUCCUGAUUUGGAAGAAGAUGAUCUAGACGAAAUAGGUUAUGGUCGACAAACCAAACUGGAAGGACUCGAUUUAGGAUUUAAACAAAGUAAUGCUUCCGAAGAAAGAAACGUUGACAAGUAAAUUUUUGUAAUGUUUGGAUGGGCCAACAUUUUUCAACACUAUCAUCUAAUCAACGUCAUUUUCAAUGGACAUUUUUGCUAAGUCUUUCUUCGAAACAAUUGGGAACAACAAAAUUACCAUAAUUGAAUCAUCUACAUCAUCAAAGCAACUAAAUCUUCAAGACAUAGCCAAACGUUUAAUUAAACAAGGAAACGUUAUUUUGAUUAGUAACCCUGAAGUCAUCAUCAAAAUUAUUAAUCGCACUAAUUGAUACAAAUACACUUAUCAAGUUAACACUGAAUGCCUUCAAUCGCGCAACAAUAAUUUAAAGUGGGACGAAUUUUCAACAUUUGGUUGAAUAUGGAUCAAACAGAUACAAUAAAUGAAUUGAAAUCGUUAGUUGGACAAAGGAUUUCCAGAUUUAAACCUUUUGCUUUAAUCAUUCGAGCUGUUUUUAUUGGAUAAAAAUCUCAUCAUGGAUUGAGAUAAAGCAAGAUUGACAACACUUCAUGAGACAAAACUCAAUAAUGAAAACCCUUAAACAAUUUAUCUAUCCUGAGACUCUAGUCUGUUUUUAGUUUAUUAAUGCAGCCAAACAAAGUUGUUUUUUUUGGAGAAAUCAAUUCACUAAUUAAAAUCAAUGCUCAACGAAGUUGACAAAAAUACAAGAUAAUAUGAUGAAGUUAAUAAUUUCACAUUAAACAUCAAAUUAAUAUCGAAAGAAAAAAAGUGAUGAAUUACAUUUUCAAACAUAUCAACAACAUAAUCAUUCUCACCUUCAUCUUCACCAUUGUCAUCACCAUCGCCAUUACCAUCAUCAUCAUCUUCACCCUCAUGUUCAUAUUAUUGAUAUAAAAACAAUAAUUGAUACCAUAAUGAUUAACAAUCAAUGCAAUCACAAUCAAAUAUAUCCAUUUCACUCAUUCUUUGCUAUGAAGCUUUGCAUACUUCUUCCUCUUUCUUUCUUUCUUUCUGUCGCCACCUUACUCAUUAUCUUGACUAUUAGAUAUUUUUUGAUUAUUACCUGCGCAUUGUAGAGUUGAAUUAUUAUUAAUUAAUGAAACAACAUGAAA